AUGGAAAUAACUAAAAAAAACUUCGCUGAAGAGUUUGAAAACAUAACCAACAACUUAAAACGAUCAUGUUUUGUUGGAUUCGAUGCUGAAUUUACAGCAAUUCUAACAAAGGAAUGCUUUAAACACAGAUUGUUUGAUACAAAUGAAGAAAGAUAUGACAAAAUCAAAACUGAAGUGAGCAAAAUGAUAAUGACUCAAGUUGGCCUAAACAUGUUCCAGUAUGACAGGGAAAGUGAUAGUUACGUCUCAGUCGGCUAUACUUUUCAUCUCUGCCCUCAAGUUGUAGGCGAUAUUGAUCAAUCAUUUAUAUUCCAGGCAUCUACCCUUAAGUUUCUAUGCAAGCACAACUUUAAUUUUAACAAGUUUACUUAUGAAGGCAUUUCAUAUUUCUCAAAAGAAGAACAAAAGAAAAUUUACCUGGAAAUGAAAAACAAAAGCCUUGCUAGUUAUUUGGCUCAAGGACUAGAAAUUGAGGAGGAAAGACAAAUACAGCAUUAUUGUUCUGAAGUUUGCAAGUGGCUCCAUAACAGUGAAGAGGAGACAAUGUAUAUUGAUAUGCAUAAUCCAGUUCUGCGAUAUCUUAUACAUGUGGAAAUACAGAAGAGGUUUCCCACAGUUCUCACAACUGUAAGCUUAGGUAAUAGUAAUAAGAUCUUAAUUUACAGAGAUAAGCAUGUAGAAGGUGCUAAUAGUACACCAAUUGACAAACUGGAGGAAAACUUUAUUAAAAGUGUAUUUGGGUUUUCUCAAGUAAUACAACUCUUAGAACACUACAGAAAGCCUUUGGUUGGCCAUAAUGUAUUUCUUGAUCUCAUACUUCUUCAUAAUCAAUUUAUUGGUCCAUUGCCCAUAGCAUAUUCCUCUUUUAAAAAAAACAUUAACAGCAUGUUUCCUAUUAUAUUUGAUACUAAAUAUAUAUCAAAUGAAAUGAGCAAAAAGCUCACCCUUGAUGAAGUAUGGAAAUCAAAUGUACUUCAAGAUUUAUAUGAGUUCUUUGUGAAUGGCAGGUGCAAGAAAUUACAAUAUGGAUUAAAUGAAAUUAAAUUAAGUACACCGUUUAACGUGAAUCAAUCAUACCAUGAAGCUGGAUGGGACUCAUAUUGCACAGGCUACUGUUUCAUCAGACUCGGGCAUUGGGCGGCGUGUGAGAACAGCGGCAGGCACCGACCGGUGGGGCCGACCGAGAUGUUGGCCGCGCUGGCGAACUUCAGUAACAAAGUCAACGUCAUAAGGGGAGCAACGCCAUACAUGAACCUCCUGGGUACCGACCCUCCAACACACCGUCCGAAGCUGUUGCACAUCAAGUCUCUAAGGGAGCGCAUUAUAAGCAUAGAAAAGUGCACGCAAAACGUCGGCGGGAAACGAUCGCCGGGCAACCUUGGCCGAAACAUAUUGGCCAAUAACUAUCACAAUGUUUACACUAAACCUGGCAGGAUAAAGACGUUGCAUAAGGAACUCGGAACGGUGCUAUUUCGGUGCUACGUGUACACGCACCGCACCGUUCGCGUCGUCCCGCACGGCGACGCCAAAUUUAGCGGCCGCGCUUCGGGCGACGGUUAUGGCAGUAAUUGUCAACCGGCCCCGUUCCCGUGCCGCGGCGCUUUCCAGCUGACGCGCACUGUGCCCCGCUGUGCCCCGCUGCGCCCGUGCCGGCCGCGCUCUGUGCGCGAUGCGGCGACACCGUGUCCGACGUGCGCGCACGUCGCGCACCCCGCGCGGCGUUUGGCGACAGGCCAGAGCACACGCGCGCGUGCCGCUCACCCACACACGCGCCCGCUAGCGCUUAUCCCCCGUCGCCGCUUAGAUCGCAUCGAUUGUGCGCGAGUGUCGCGCGCGGAGAGCUAUAUUUUCGCCGCGGGCGCGUUUUUGAAACGCGCUCGGGGCCCGCUCGAUAGCCGCGACGCGGUGGCGGGCGCGCUGGCCGGGGCCGGCGCGGCGGACGUGAGGCCGUGCGGCAGCCGCGCGGUGCUCGUGGCGGCCGGCGCCCAUUUCACAGCCGACAAAAUCUUGAAUCAGUUCAGGAACAGCCCGGACUAUAGAGUAUCGACUUAUAACCCAUAUAAACACUCGGCGGCUGGUCGCAUCGCAAUCUGGAGCGGCGCUUUAAUAACAGGAAGUUUGUUAUUACUAUUGUUUCAUAAAAAAGUGAAAUCCUCCGUCUACCCA